GCAAAUACCACGUUGCAACGUCUCGCGAAGCAGCAGGAGAACGAGGAAGAAUAGUUGAGUGACAUUAUCUGAAGCGUCCGAACAUAUAUAUGUAUAUGUGCGUGUAGCUCUGUGCACAAUGCGAGGUUAGUACUUAGGAGAAUCACCCUAUGGUUAGUUCGAACGUGCUCAGCUGUCUCGACUAUACAGCAUGGUACACGUCUAACCAUGCCAGUAUUUCAUAUCAAUCCCCACAACCUCAAAAGGUCUAUUGCUACUUGACCGUUUUUAAACCGUUUUCAGAAUACCUUGUUGGAGGAGUGCUUGCAGAACGUUGAGAAAGAACGAGCGCCAUGCGGCGUUUACUUGUAGUCCUUCUGCUCGACUGCUGCACCUCACUAGCUGUCGCUGAGUUCGGAGCGAGCAACCUGAAAGGACUUGUGACCAUCCGAUCGGAUAGCGACAGCGCAAGCUUCUCUGCUGACCAGAGUGAAGACAGUGAAGACAGUGCAGACAGUGAAGACCAUGUCGAUAAUGAAGUUCAGCUCCCAAUGCCGAUGGAGGGUUGCUUUCUCACCCAAACGUGCGAGACAAGUGUCAAUGCCAUUCGAGUAGAGCAACCAACGGAAUUUGAUCUUAUUCAAAUGGCUUUCAAUGCACUACCUGAAAGGAAUUUGCUCUUUAACAGUGCGAAUACAAUCGUGGACCAGCAAGAUGCUGUGCUGAAUAUGGGUGUUUUGGCCAGCGACGUUGAUUGCUUCAUGUCGCAGGAUACGCAGUCACCGUUUGCCGCACUAGCCAAGGAAAGUCUCGGAUUCUCUGUCGUUCGACGAACCACGGGCCCUGUGACUUCGUUCAGCUACACCUACACAAACCUACCGUCUUCGUUCGGGACACUCAGAGUGGGAUUCAUAUUUUCAUCUUUUACUGGAGUCACUCAACCUAGACCCCAGUACCUGUCGGUGGAGGGUGAUUUCCGUGAAUUCCGUGAAUUGGAGAUUGGAGAGAUGAUGGCCAUUGCUUUCCUGGAUGUAGCCAUGGCUGUAUGUGGUGGCGAUGUGAAGACUACUCAGAUUUGCACACUGGAUGAGCCCCUCGUUUGUGGUGGAGCUGAGCCUACAGAUUCACCGAUUAGUCUACCCACAUUACCACCUGCUGUGGCUGGCGAUCUAAAUGCUGUUACGACGGCUAUUCGGAAUGGUCUCUGCCCGACGACUUAGCCGUUUACAAUCACCCUACAGUGGUCUGGCACAUCGGCUACCCCUAGCUGACUUUAACUGAAAUUAAUAACUAUUGCCUGUCCUUCAGUUUCUGUAAGUUAGAACCGGCGAAAUAAAAUCUAUUUACUCACAGAAAGGAUGUCAUCUUCUACCAGUGUUGCCUACUUUGCACUUUUAAGCGAUAUCUUUCGCUGUGGACUUUCGUCUUUUCAAUUUCAUUUCUGCAACUUAGUAGUAGUAUUGACAUAUCCGUGGCAAUCCGCUUAUGUACAACGGCAUUGGAGAGGUUAUUAUUAUUUAUUAUUAUACGCAUUCCCGCGUUGACGUGUAGCAGCAGUAUGCUGCGUCCACACCUUCGCUUAUGCAGAAUGGCUUGGGUGAGAGGAGAGGGGAGAGAAAGCAACAAGGCAACCAACAUCUAUGAAAUGGGUGACAAUAACAUGAAGAGAACCAACCUGCAUAUACAUGAUUGCACAAGAAUGGAGACGACAAAUUGCUAUAAUCAUUGUGCCACAAAACCGGUACACGGAAGUUGUAUUCGUAGGUUGACACUUCGUUUAGCGCAUUCUCGC